CUACAGCACGUACUGGGCGUGUCUGCACGUUUCACCAACCCGAGGACACAGCUGUCACUGCAAGGUCCGUCAGUCAUGUCGGCAGUAAACGAGGGUCUGGAGGCGACGGUCGCGGAUCUGGGCGCCCUGCUGGACGCCGGAGAAGGCGCUGUGGUGACGCUCGUGGCAGGCGAGACGCGGCUGGCGGCGCACCGGGCCGUGCUGGGGGCCAGGAGCCCCGUGUUCGCCGCCACGUUCCGCCACGACACGGCGGAGGCCCGCAGGGGCAAGGUGGUCAUCCGGGACGUGGAGGGGCCGGCGCUGCGGCAGCUGCUCGUCUACUGCUACACCGGCGAGGCCCCCCAGCUGGCCAGCGUGGCGCCCCAGCUCCUCACCGCCGCCGACAAGUACGGCCUGACUGCCCUGAAGGGCCGGUGCGAGCAGCAGCUGGUCUCGCAGCUCGACGUGGACAACGCCGCGGCCGCAGCCGUGCUGGCUGUGAGGCACUCCUGUCCCGGCCUCACCGAGGCCGCAGUCGCCUUCGUCCGCGAACACAGCCACCGGGUGAUGGCCUCGCAGGGCUGGGCGGAUGCCGUGCUCAACAGCCCCUGCGAGGUGAUAGAGAUCCACCGCCUGCUCGCGGACCUGCCGCAGGAAUCCAGCGAACCAGCCACCCAAGACAGCGAGCCACCUGCUGCCACUCCACCAGAGAGCGGACAUGGUGGCACGCCUGCCGCUGCCUCUGAUGCUGCGCCACCACCCACAGAUCUUCUCCCUCGAGUGCACGAACCAGCCACCCAAGACAGCGAGCCACCUGCUGCCACUCCACCAGAGAGCGGACAUGGUGGCACGCCUGCCGCUGCCUCUGAUGCUGCGCCACCACCCACAGAUCUUCUCCCUCGAGUGCAUGAGCCAACCGCCCAAAACAGCGAGCCACCUGCUGCCACUCCACCAGAGAGCGGACAUGGUGGCACGCCUGCCGCUGCCGCUGCCGCUGAUUCUGCGCCACCGCCCACAGACUCCCUCUCUCGAGUGCGCGAACCAGCCACCCAAGACAGCGAGCCACCUGCUGCCACUCCACCAGAGAGCGGACGUGGUGGCACGCCUGCCGCUGCCUCUGAUGCUGCGCCACCGCCCACAGACCGCAUCUCUCGAGUGCGGAACUUGUCAGCAAAGGAGAAGAGAAGCAAACUUCUCCAAGCAGCUAAAGAUGGGGCACUGGAGGAUCUGCGAGCUCUCCUGGCCGUGGGUGCAGACACGGGAUCGUGGGACUGGUACGGGUGGACUGCCCUGCACUAUGCAGUCGAGAGAGGAGACGUGCAGGCAGUGCGGUGUCUCCUGAAUAGUGGAGCAGAGGUCGAUGUCGGGACCUGGUGGGGGGACACGCCCCUGCAUCAGGCUGCAAGGAAAAACAAUGUGGCGGUGGUCUCAGCACUGGCAGCAUCAUCAGGGGCUGACGUCAAUGCGAGCGCAGCAUUCAGGUGGACGCCCCUGCACUUUGCGGCGUUGUAUGGCCACACAGAGGUAGUGACUGCACUGCUUGAUAUGGGGGCAGACAGGAAUGCCAUAAAUGAAACCAAAGACACGCCCCUAAAACUCGCCAUAGAGAACAACAGAGUCCAACUGUUAGACAUUCUAAAGUGAAGUUUAAAGUCAAACAGUGCCAUCUGUACAACAGA